AAGAAUCGCAAGCACGAACAUAAAAUAUAAACAACGUCAAAACCGGCAAGCGAGACGGCAUAAACAAAGCUUCGUCUACGGCAAUUUGACGUCGGCUGACACAGUUUCGCGCGAUCGUUCGUCUAAAUAAGAACAUUUGCGUUUAGCGUCGCGACACAAGUGUUUAAUAAAUAUUCACAUACAUAUGUAUGUACAUAGCUAUUCCGCCAAAGGAGCUGCCUAUACUUUUCUUCCUACUAUUUCGGUUGUGCGUUUGAUUGUGGAAAAUAAUUAAAUUUAUUCCUACUAAAAUCAAAGUUCACGUGGUGAAAAUCAAAAGACAUACGAAAAAAAAACUGCCAAAAAUAAAAUUCCGUUGAAUUACAUUCAAAUUACAAAUGUUUUUACACGCUUCAAGGAAAGUCGCCACCUGUGAUGGGGAGCCCGAAAGAAUUCAUCUACAAAUACAAAAUAUCUCACAGUGGUUGAGGGAGAAUCCGAAUGUGAAUGCAAAUAGUGAUUAUGAGAAUUUAGUAUUCUUUCUGCGUAAUUGCAAAUAUGAUGUAGAGCGAACAAAGAAGAAAAUCAAAAAUUUCUACCAAAUGCGUGCCGAACGUGUGGAAUGGUUCGCCAACAGAGAUCCUUACCUACCAGAAAUACAAGUCCUACUUCAGCUGGGCGUUUUCUUGCCAGUCGAUGGUGUUGAUGCAAAAAACCGUAAGGUUGUGAUAAUACGCGCUGCUGCGCAUGAUCCCAAAUUACAUUCUCAGAACAAUGUUUUUAAGGUUAGUAAAAUGGUGCUGGAUCUGCUACUUAAAUUCGAGCCAGACAAUUGCGGGCAUGGCAUUGUUGCUAUUUUCGACAUGGCCGGUGUACAACUCGGACACGCCUUGCAAUUAAAUCCCAGAAUGAUCAAACAUUCUGUCGAAAGUUGGCAGGCUUAUCCAUGCCAACCGAAAUUGUUGGAAUUUAUAAAUGCACCGACCCAUGUGAAUAUAUUUUUGAACACUUUCAGAUUAUUUAUGACACCGAAAAUGCGUUCACGAGUUGUUGUACAAAAACGUUUGACCACAGUAGAGUGCGAUGGACUACCAAAAGAUGUCGGCGGUAGAGGACCUAGUUACAAAGAACUGGCUGCCAAAUGGAAGAGACUUGUAGAAGAGAACAUUAACUUCUAUCAGGAAAAUGACAAAUAUAAAAGUAUAUUGGCAACUUAAGGGAAUGCAUACAUAUAUUACGUAGCGUAGAAAAAUUCUUAACAAUAUAACGUCCAUUUAUAAUCCAUACAUACGUACAUACAUAUGUACUUGUUUUAUUAAUAGGCGUAUAAAAUGUAUAGAAUGCUAAGCCUAUUUAUAAGCUAUUAAUAUAAUUUCUGAAUAAAUUCAAAAAGUAAUGAUAAGAAA